AUGUUUCAAACGGCAGAAUCGAGACCGUCAAGCAGAUCUACUGCCAGCGUGUAUGGGCAGGAAACCAGGCAGGUCAAGACACCGACCGAUGGACCAGAACAGAUAACCAACGCGCGCAAAGGCAAAGCAAACACUGGGGCCACGGCGGCAGACAGGAUCAGCGGGUCCUGGGAGGAAGUCGUGCAGCACCGAUCUGCUUGGCUACGAACAGUGAAAGCUGGCCAUCGCAACUUCCGCCUACGUAUCGACUUGGUCGGCCAUCUUCGGAUGCAGUGCACCAUCCCUCCGAAAACAUCCAAUCCUAUAGCUUUGAACACUACAAAAUUCCCUCCUGUGUCUAGCACUUGGUCACCGCCAACCCUCAUCACGGACGCUCAAUUAGCUGAUGCCCCGAAACAAACGCGUGUAAACGACGUCCUUGAGUGCACAUUAGCGGACGCAGCAGCUACUUCUAUCAGAGAGUUUUCUUACGAUCCCGACUCUGGCGUUACUUUCGACGAUUGGUUUAAAGGUUGGGAAGACAUAUUCUGUGUGGAGUUUGCUGAGGCUGACUAUGAUUGGAAUGUGCCCUGCUACUAUGCAAACUGGGCACUAAAGCGCACGAGCGUUUCGACGAAACCGUCAACCAUCUGUCAGAUAACUUCAGAGUCCUACCUCAUUCUAGCCACGUUCCACGCUGAUUUUGUGGCACAGAUGAAGUGUCUUACGAUCACUAUCAAUGACAAACCUGUACGCCUCCAUCUUCAAACAGCCUCAGACAUGAGUCUUAUCUUCAAGCGCACUUGGCGAAUGAUUAUACGGCCUCCGAUGAUCACAUUGGACAAAAAGGAUAUGAAUGUAUGUGGCAGAUUUCUCCGGCUCAAUGCUGGCGAAAAAUCUGAUGUUGUCGCCUCCACCUCCAAGGUGCGCAAGGACGCGAAGAAGGAAGAGGAACUAGGAGAGAAAGUGCCAGCAGCUUCCGGUAAACUCGCAGCACGGCGCGCAAAAGACGUGGUACCCUAA